CGGUGCUGUAAUGAUUGUAGACAUAGACACACUCUGUUGUGAGUGACAUCGUAUUACAGUCUGUGAUAUUAUUUGUGACUGCUAGAUUCUAAAGUCAUUGAACAAGUAUCAUUUGCAAAUUCUCAAUAGUUUAGGAUGUUACACAGUAAAGUGCUUUUAAAUGGAACAUUACUUUUACUAAUUGAUUAAAGUAAGUUAUGUGAUAAUAUAUUUUAAUUAGUUAAAAUAUACAGCUACAAUACUCUAAUUUAGCAGCUAAGUGAACAACACAAGCAAGGUGGAGUUGCAAACUACACAAACUAAAGACAUUAAACAUAUCAGGCGAAGAAGUAAAAUAGAUAGCAGUAACAAUCGGGUUUUACUAGUAGCCAGAGUUUGAAGUUUGUAUAUGACGUUAUAAUUCUCCUUGUUUGGUUAUUUAUUGACUGCCACAGUUUAUCUGUUUAUAAUAGCUAAUUAUGGGGUUGAUGUGUGUAACAUGUAUGCGCACAUGUCAUGCGUAUACAGUGUAAUUAUGUAGACAUCUUGACUGAUUUUAUUCUUGUUUUAGGUUUUAACAACUUUUCGUGUUGCUUUGGACAAUCUCAUCAAGUACAAAACAUUGCCAAUUGCAGUAGCAGCUGUUGUAUAUUCUAGUGAUAGUCAGAUGAUGAUAUGCAACUUAAACAUAUCUUAAUUAAUACUUUAGUAAUUUUGUUGUCAAUGUUGUGCUUUACGUACAUGUGUAAAGUAGCUAGUUUAUGUUUUCACUGAGGUAAAUGCUUACAGAACUAAAUCUAACCAUUGCAAGCAUAUAGAAUUGUUUGGUUCGGGUUAUUUUCACAUACACUAUUCUGUAGAUGAAGUAUACUUGGUCUGAACUAUGGUAGUGUAAACUGGACAAAAAUAAAGCAGAUAGAAACAAAUGUAUAACAGUAACUGGUAAUUAAGGUAGUUGUUUACUAUAGUUAGUCACAGGCAUUGACAUUUAAUGUUGGCUUUUAUAUAUUCUGCAUGAAAUGAAGAUGAUCAAAGUGUAUAGUAUGUUUUGUGUUUUUUAUUUUCUAUUGAAUACACCAUGGAAUUGAUGAUUGCUUUGGUCUUUACUUAUUGACUUGAUUAAGAAAAAUUCAUACAUUUACACACUACAUAUGCAUCACUGAAUCCACUGUUUUGUGAUCCUUUUAUCAACAACAGUGUUUGUAGGAAUUUUAUGUAACAACAAAUACUUUAGCAUCUCACUGAUUAAUUUUCUCUCUUUCUUGUCAAAUACAAUGUUCUUAGGCUGGCUGAUUAUCUGUUAUUAGGUUCUAUGCAGUGUAUGCACUAUACAGAGAAUUACAACUACAUUGUACUAUAGAAAUUGUGUUGGUUUUUGCCAUUAGGUACAGCAGAUGGAAGGAAAUUUGUACUGUGACUUAUUAGUAGUUUGUGUUAGGAUAUGGAGUUUUGGUCAAUCCUAUUAUGUGGUUCGAAAUAGUUGUUGGUGAUCCUGAUCGUUGGCCUUGCACUGUCCUUAUUCUUACUUUGAACAUCUACAUCUUGGGAGCACUGCUAGUAGAGAAGACAGUAGUAAAGAGAGCAAUUUCUGAGGCUGUUGUUUUCUGGGUAUACUUUGUUAUUUUGGCAUCAGUUCUUGUGGUUCCAACAGCUACAGUUGUGGUUGUUGCUCCUAAUCCAGUUGCUGCAGCAUUUGCACUUUCAUUGCACACUAUUACUUUCCUCAAGCUGUUUUCAUACAUGGUUGUUAAUCGCGAUCUUCGCAAACAGAAGAAACAAGGUCAUGAUGUUGGUGAAACACAGGCCAAACAAGACAAAGACAACAUUGCCAUUUAUCCUGAAAAUUCGAAUGUGAAAGAUAUUUACUAUUUCAUGUUUGCUCCUACUCUUUGUUAUGAGCUUAACUUUCCACGGAACAAGAGGAUCAGAAGACGAUAUCUGUUAAAGAGAUUAGGAGAAGUGAUCAUUUUCUCAAGUAUGCUACUUGCUUUAGGGCAGCAGUGGCUUGUUCCAACCAUACAAAACUCUAUGCAACCAUUUAAGGAGUUGAAUUACUCUCGAGCUGUUGAACGUGUCCUGAAGUUGGCUGUACCUAAUCACUUUUUGUGGUUGAUGUUCUUCUAUGUCUUCUUUCACUCGUUUCUGAACUUAAUUGGUGAAGUUCUCAGAUUCGCAGACAGGGGGUUCUACAGUGAUUGGUGGAAUGCUGAAACAAUUCCAGAAUUCUGGUCGGAGUGGAAUAUUCCAGCUCACAAGUGGGCUAGACGACAUGUCUUCAAGCCAAUGCUUCACGCUGGAUUCUCCAAGUUGCAAGCUGCCACUGUGGUAUUCUUCAUAUCAGCCUUCUUUCACGAAUUUCUGGUGAGUGUUCCACUACGGAUGCUUCGAGCAUGGGCCUUUGUUGGAAUGAUAUCACAGAUUCCUUUGGCGUAUGCUACAUCCAGGCUAUUGAAAGGCUAUUUGGGGAACAUAGUUGUUUGGUUAUCUCUCAUUCUAGGACAGCCUAUAGCUGUUCUAAUGUACUUCCAUGACUACUACAUUAUACACUCAUCACCCUCUUCAUAACAUGGGGGUUCUUACAGAAGAAUUGUUUGCGUUAAUUGCUUCUCCAGAGGAAGCCUACUGAUUGAAUUAGCUGUUCAUAGCAUCUAUAAUUUCACAACUGUUGAACAAUAUGAUCCAUAAUUUAUAUAUAGAUGAUAACAAUGUUUCUACAUUACAACAGGACAUGACUUUAAGAGUGCAGUAAGAUGUGUAUAGCAUGUG